UGGUGCAAAUUUGUUGAAAGUCGACUAACUCCCGAAUUUACGGUACGCUAAUUAUAUUAACACUAAGAUAAACUCUUAAAUACAAGUACAUGUAUCUAAUGUAUUUUUUUGGCAUUGUAGGAAUUGAGUAAGGUGCAACGUGAACGUUCCUCAAAAAUUCAAUCCAGACAUCGAAGUGGUCGGAGUGGAAUGGUGAACGUACGGGAAGCUGUGGUAAGUAAUACUUAAAAUUUAAUGUGUUAUAAUGUGCUAUACAAUUUAAUUGGUACUCAUUUCAUUGUUAUAACGUUAUGUAGAAAAAGGACCUCGAAGUUGCAGAUCCUCCCCGCCACCGUGUUUGGAUUAAAUCUCGCACCAAGAGUAGAAAACUUGUCACUGAUUACGACAAGGAAAUUGUCGAGAAGAUAGUAAGUAUAUAUUAAUCCUUAAUUGAGUUCUACUCAUGAGUUAGUGUAUAUAAUUCAUAUACUAAUUGCUUGAAUAUAUGCGUGCAUUAGGCUCAAUUAGAGGAGAAGCUUAGUCAGGGACAAAUUCGAGUCCGGGGCCAAAACGAUAUCCUCACGCAGGCGCUCGGGACACCAGAGCAUCCUGGACGUGUCAGGGCUGCUGGGUAUGCUAUUACUUCAAAUGUUAUUUAUUUAGUUACACAAAUGAAAUCGUUGCUAAUUUGCAUUUUAUGAUUUGUAGGUUCCUGAUCAGGGCAUCUCAACUGUUCGGCAGGAAGAAAAGGGAAGUGUCUGAUGUUGUGGCUCGGCAAGCGAAGGAGAUUGAAAAAUUAAAAGCCGAAGUCCAAUCCCUUAAGCAGCAGAGGAACGCUGCCGAACAAGAGGAAGAAGGAGAGGUGGCUGGUGAGGCGUAUGUUCCACAACCAUACGCUCCUCAGGAUGAGGUACAACCACAAAUUUAUGCUGAGGAGUUCAUUUCCCUCAACGACCAAGGUAUCCUAUACAAUUUUGAGGACCAUGCGGCCCUUAAUCAGACAGUACAUCUCUGCUCUGACAACAUCGACAAUAUUGUGGCCCGAGGGUAUUUGUACGAGCAUGUGGGUACGAUCAAAGUUCACUGCCAGGAUUACGAUGAUUCACAUGCUCGGAUCAUGGUUACGGAAAUCCUGCAAGAGGACGCUGAAAUCCCAGUCCCAAUUGAAGAGUGCAGAUAUGUUAGGGACGUGUACCAGAUGUUCCUUCCUUGGCCUAAACACUUAAUUUUAACAACCGAGGUAACUUCUCAACUGAAAUUAAUUAUUAAUGAUUAGUGGAGUUUGAAUAUCUUCAAUAUUCAUCCGUAGUGAAGUAGGUUCUGCGAAUAUAUGUCUUUGCGGUGGGAUGGAUGAACAAACUACUGUUAUAUAUGUGUUAUUUGUCGUUAUACAGCCAUGUUCAAAAUUUUUGGGGUCAUUCAAUUACAACCGUUAUGCUGCCGAAAUUUCGGUAGAAUUUAGAUAAAAUUUGAUAUAUAUAUUAUGUUCUGUUUUGUUUAGGGUCUACUCGCUCAACCGCCCUCAAGACGUGAUGCGUCAAAGGGGAAAGCUCCGAUGCUUUCUCCACAAGGCCGUGGUGCACGGGAAGAUGAGUUGUUCACGGAAGAGAAGAUGGCGUUGAUCCCUAAUUCGCUAAAAUGGAUGAUUCAUGAAUUCCUAAGGCUCAAAGAUAAACGUGAUAUAAUCACAAUUUCUGUCCCCCGAGGAUUCAUUGCACCGCGUACCCAGAUCCUGCUUUCUGGAGAGGAUUUGCAGCAGGUUGCUACGUGUAACUACAUCGGCAACCAGGGAAUGCUGUUUGGAAUGAUGUAUACUCUUCUUUAAUCUAAUUAACCUUAUAUCAAAUUAUAGUUAAAUUAUUAUAAGGCACUAACACUUUUUUUGGCAGGCACAUAUGGGAGAGCAUCAACGGUCUGAGAAAAAUUUUCAAGUUUUACGACCCGCAGCUUCUCACAAAGGUACAUGGGAUCAACGAUGAAGAACAGAGUCAGUCUUUUGACGAUGCGGCAAGACGAUUGGCUAAUUGGUUAUCAUUAAUGAACAACAACCACCAAAUGUUCUUUAUUCCUUGGAAUAUCGGGAUGCAUUGGACGCUAGUGGUGGUUGCGCCAAGGAAAAUUAUCCAUUUAAACCCUGUAAAAGGCCGCCCAAUUCCCGAAGAAAUAGAACAAAUGAUCGGAAGGGCAUUCAUGUAUAUAGGGGACGCACAUCAGUAUCUUGGCCCGUGGCAAGGAAUUUCACAAGCAAACUGUCCAAGACAACCUAAAAGCCAAGAAUGCGGUUUUUAUGUUUUGAAAUAUAUCACUGACAUCGUCGCACGUGCCAACCCCAACCGUUACAUACAAGAUCAAAAAGCUUUUGGGGGUAAGAAGCAAUACGAUCCAAAAACAGAAUUGUUACCACUACAGCGAAAGUGGAUCGAACAAUUGAUGGCGGUGAUUCACGGUGACGAUUGAGGUUCAAAGGUCGAAGAAUUUUUCUUCAUUAUGUAAUUUUUAUAGAUUAACUUGUAAUUAGAUUUAUUAACUUAUUAAUAUUUUUAACUAAUUUUACAUGUUUGUGUAAUAUUUAAUUACUUUUAUGAAAUCAAAUUAUGUUUUUACCCAAAUUUAAUUACUAUUUAAUUUAAAAUGUAAUUAAUAUAUAAUUAAAUUAAAUAAAUAUGUAAUUUAAAUUAAA